AUGGCCGCACCCGCCGUUGGAAGUCUCUUCGCCGUCGAGAUCCCCGUUACAAACAUUGAGCGCUCAAUAAAGUUCUACUCUGAGCUGUUUGCCUGGGAGUUUGCCGGUGAAAUCCCUAAAGGGGUUGAGAAUAUCAAGUCGCUGCAUUUCUUCAGUGAUGCCUCAAAGUCGAUCAAGGGUGCCCUGAUGCUCCUUGACGAGGGACACUUGCCCAAGACGGCAGGCAAAGAGGAAUGGGCCGUGUACUCCACAUUUGUCGUUGCUGAUGUUGGUGAGACCCUUAAAAAGGCCGAGAGUCUUGGUGGAAGUAUCAGAGUUCACCGAACUGAGCUUCCCAACGGCUUGGGCGUAGCCGGACACGUCGUUGACCCUGAUAGCAAUGUUCUUGGUGUCUGGUCGCAGAAGUGA